AAAUAGAUGCGAUGGCUGAUUUAUACCCAUGAGAUCUGUGCACAAAUGCUAUUAUACACACGUAAAGUUUUGUAUAUUUUCCAGUAUGCUCCCUUCAGCUGCAGUGUAUCGUUUUCCCUGGGAACUAACCUCUGGAUCAGUACAGGAAGGGGAAUCGUUGAGAACAUUUGGCAAACUCAUCCUGUAUGAACCAGAGGAGUCCUUGGCCACGCUCUCAGCACACCAGUCUUCAAAGGACCAUCGUGUAAUUGUUCAUACAUUGUUUGUUGAACCAUUUGACGCAGUAAUUGGUGCUCAGUACAUGGUUCUUGGAGAGUUAGAAAAUAUAGAGGGUGUGGGGGCAGUGGUUCGUGCCCGUGUGCUGAACUGCGUUGAUGGAGUAAAUCUUGCCCUUCUGCAGAAAGCAAUCAAUGAUCAGAGAACGUUUUUGGAAAAGAAAGUCGGGGUUGUAAAUAGCUGAAAUCAGAUUAUAUACAUGUUAUAGAAGUAGCUGGCAUUUAAAACAACAUCAACGUUUUCAUUUUGAGGUGAACAUAUCUUAUGUUAUGCAUAUAUUAAUCUUGUGAGCUUUAAGUCAUGUUAUAAUGUUAUCUCAUCAAAAAGGUGGAGCUGUGUUUUGUUUAAUUUACACAAAGCUCAAAAUGCACAGUUCCAACUUAUAAUGUUAUGAAAUGGUAGUUUUCAAGAUAAUAGCCACAUUUUACCUUUUGUUUGGUAGAGAUUGGCAAAUCCAGGGCUGAAAUGAGCCAAAUGAUUCUAGUGAAGGUGUAUGGAGUUUAAAAACACAGUGGAGCGCUUCCUGUAUUACUGCAUGACAUCACGAGGUGGAACAGAGUGUUCUCAGUUUGAGAAAAGCUCACCUAAAUAUGCAGGGUUUGUGUGUUAAACAUGUGUGAAUGAAACAAAACAUAACUCUGGGUCUGUUUUUGAUGAGAAAAAAAAAAAACAUGACAUAAAUCAGAAAAUAGAGUAAUAUGGACUCUUUAAAUCAAAUAGUGCUCUUACAGAUGACAGUUACAUUCAAAUACUAGUUUAUUCUUAAUUACAAAAAAACAUUUAUGUCAUAAGAGGAUUAUAUAAUAAUCAGAAAGCAGAAUGUUCCCUACAGGAGUCUCUAAUUUGGACAGUCCUUAUUAACAACCUAAAUUGGAGCACACGGGGAAUAAAGAUUUUUGAGGUUUUAAAAGUAACAACCAUUAAAAAGGUUAAAUAGUGAAAGAUUAUUGGAGUUAAAGAGUUAAUGUGUUCUGAAGAUUGUGUAAAGAACAACAACCAACAACAAUGAAACAAGGUGUGGUGUCAUUACACUCUUGGCGAAACCUGGAAAAGAUAAAAGAUAUAUAGACAACCUUAGGCCCAUUUCUUUAUUGAAUGUAGUGAAAUUUUGACUCAUAUUAUGGCGAACAGAUUAAAAACUGGAAUUGAAGACUUUAUCAGUGAAACCCGGGAAUCGGGAUUUAUAAAAAAUAAAUAAAUUCACAAUAAUAUUCAAUUAGUAUUAGAUUUAUUAAAUUGUAAUCACCUAAUUGAAAA